AUGGAGCAUCAUGAGAUGCAUCCCUUGAAGGGGAAGGGGGGAGAUCUCAGUAUUGACCGCGAUGUGCCUGUUCGGGAUGUCAAUGUCUCGAAUUCCUUUGAUAAUCCCAGCAAAAAUAGUUACACAGAGACUUCGCCGAAGCGACUGUUCAAUUUUACUCAGAUCUUCUUCUUUUCACUUACUUAUUUGUCUAGCUGGGAGACUCAGGCAUUAAACCUGAGUACAGUCCUUACAAAUGGCGGUCCUCAAGCGCUCGCCUGGGGAAUCGUGAUCGUGGUAUCUGGUGCAAUGGCACAAUCAGCAUCAUUAGCAGAAAUGGCCUCGAUGCAACCAAUUGCAGGAGCCCAGUAUCACUGGACUAAUUACCUGGCACCCGAAGGCCAGAAGAAGUUUAUUACCUGGAUGCAAGGCUGGGUAACCUGGUUCGCAUGGAUAUCGACACUUGCCGGCGUGGCCAACACUACUGCUACCAUGAUCCAAGGUCUAGCGAGUGUGAAUUACCCCGGAUACGAGCCAAAGCAAUGGCAUUUGACACUAAUCAUUGUCGGAAUGCUCGUCGUCGAGGCUUUGAUGAAUAUGUAUACCUUCUGGCUCAUUCCAUGGAUUGAGAUGCUGGCCGGUAUCCUACACAUCUGCCUUCUGAUCGUCUUCCUGGUUGUCUUCACAGCACUGGCACCUCGUCACACACCGGAGUUUGUUUUCUUGCGCACGCAGAGUUCCUCAGGCUGGGCGACCUUUCCCGCAUGGAACAUCGGCCUACUGACUCCUGUCUGGGGAUUCGUUGGCUUCGACGGCGCAGUCCACAUGAGCGAAGAAGUCCGCCGAGCAAAACAAGCUGUGCCUCGCUCAAUAUUCUACACCGUUGUCACAAACGGCAUCCUCGCCUACGCCAUGGUAGUCUGUAUGCUCUUCACAAUGGGGUCAGUAGAAGAAGCCCAAAAAUCGAGUUUCCCUAUCAUCGAGAUAUGCCAACAAGCAACGGGCUCUGUGAAAGCCGCCACAGCAAUGGUAUCCGGGUUACUUGUAAUCUCACUAUCGGUUAAUCUGGCAAGUAUAGCAUCGGUCUCACGACUAACAUGGGCCUGGGCGCGAGACGGCGCCCUGCCCCGUUGGUUUUCUCAUAUCGACCGACAGCACAACGUCCCCAUCCGAGCCGUAUGGCUCCCUGUUCUCAUCGUGAUGGCCCUAGCUUGCCUCAACAUCGCAGAUACGGCAGCGUUCGGGGCCUUCGUUGCACUAGGCUCGAUUGGUCUGUUUGUGUCGUACUUUAUUGCCAUCAACUGCAUGGUGCACAAUCGAUUCCAGGACAAUGCGGCGCCGAUGGGGAAUUGGAAUAUGGGUAGGCUGGGGCUGCCGGUCAAUGUUUUUGCUUUGGUUUAUACGGCAUGGGUGACUGUGUGGCUGGCAUUUCCUUCUGCGUUGCCGGUUACCGGGGAGAAUAUGAAUUAUGCGGCUCCUAUCUUUGGGGCUACGACGUUGUUUGCUUUUGGGUAUUGGUUUGUUAAGGGGAAGACUCGGUGGAAGGGGUUGAAUAAGGAUAUUGUGCGGUUGGUGGUGGAGGGCGGCGAGCUUCAGUUGAAGUGA